AUGCAGCAGCAGCAACAGUCUUCGACGCACACCAGCAGCAGCAACAGCAGCAACAGCAGCAGCAACAGCUGCUGCGAGUGCCUCGGAAGGAGGGCCGUAUCGAGGCUCUGCGGAGGCGUCUUCUCCCUUCGAGGUGUGGCAAGAGGCUCCUCGAGAUAUCUGGCAUCUCAGCAAAGAGACGAUCACGCUGAAGCACGUGCGGCAGCUGCUUGGUUCGCUGCUUGCUUCCGACAGGAGCAUUGGAGCUCUUACGGGUGCAGGAUUUCAUCUGGCGUGGCUUGCGCUGCAGCACUUGCAGCAGCUCAGCAGGAGCAGUCUUGCUCCCACAGCACUUGCAGCGACCAGUAUGAGCAAGUGUUUCAUGCAUCUGAUGUCUUGCUGCUUUUUCGCGGCAGAAUUGCCGUAGGAGGGUGGGGAAGAGAGACAGACAGAGAGAGACAGAGACAGAGAGAGAGAGACAGAGAGAGAGAGAGAGAGAGAGAGAGAGAGAGAGAGAGAGAGAGAGAGAGAGAGAGAGAGAGAGAGAGAGAGAGACAGAGAGAGAGAGAGAGAGAGAGAGAGAGAGAGAGAGAGAGAGAGAGAGAGAGAGAGAGAGAGAGAGAGAGAGAGAGAGAGAGAGAGAGAGAGAGAGAGAGAGAGAGAGAGA